CUGUUAAACAUGGUUUUGAGAUUUGGAAAUCUUGAAAAUGAUUAAAUUAUACAUAUAUGCAUAUGGUACAAUAGUACAUCUGUGGAAAAUAAUGCUGAAAUGAAAAGGAAUUAUGAAAGAGAUGAGAGCGAAAAUUAUUCCUAAUAUAUAUCAGUCUGGAAAGGGGUUACAAAAGCAUUUCCAAGGCUCAGGACAAACUAGAGUGACUGUCAUUUUCUCUUGGAACAGCAGUGACCCACAAUUCCUUCAAGGGCACGUCAACAACACAUCCAAGAAGCCACAAAGUAACCCUGAUAAACAUCUAAGGAAUUGCAGGGCUCACUAGCCCAGAUAAGGUCAGUGGUCAUGAUUCCAACAUCAGAUAUUGACUUGGCAAAAAUGGAAUCCAUGGAAGAGUUGCAAGGCGAAAACCACUGCUAAUCAAGAGGAACAUACAGGCUUGUCUGACUUUUACCAAAAAUACAGUGAUGAGCCCCAAGCCUUUUGGGAUAAUGUUCUGUGGAUAAGUCAAAAAUGGAACUUAUUGAAACCUGUGUGUCCCAUGGCAUCUGACUAAGACAUAGCACUAGCAUUCGACAAUAAGAACAUCACAUACCAACAUUCAGUCAUGGUGGCGGUAUGUGAACGUGUAGAGAAGCUUUGCUACUUCAGGGCCUGGGCAAACGGCUCAAAAUUGAUGGACCCAUGGAUUCUGUUCUCUACCAUGUCCAAGUCCUGAACCCCACUGAGACACUGUGGACCUUAAAUGGAUAAAUCAUGCUCAAAAUACUUCAUAUGUUGCUGCAUUAAAGCAGCUGUUGUUAUUAGCGACACUAUGUAUAAAUUUGAGAGAGAGCUCAGUUGCUUGGUGAAAAAUAAUCAUUUAAAAUCCUUGUUCUCCCAAUGUUAUCAUAAAUGAGGAUCUGAAACUAGUCAGUGUGACAAAUGAGGAAAAAUUAGAGGAAAGACUUAUGUACGUCAGUGGAUGCAUCAUAAAAUAUGUGGAAAUAGUCAUGGCAGAUUUAUAACCUUACUAAAAACUAGACAAAGCAUUUGCCAUUUUUCAUACUUUCAUACACUUACUUCACCUUGUCGAUGAUGAUCACCCUUCCAUUGACGGUUAAGUGAGGUGACAUCAUUUUAUUUCUAUCAAGCACUUCCUGCAAGGGUUUUGUCAAAUCCUUAACUUAUCAGGCCAGAAAAUAAAUACUGCUAAAUUAAACUGUUCCAAUUUCCCUGAUGACCCAAUACACCCGAAUACACCCUGCAUGCUUACUGGUAUUAGUAAUGGAUAAAAAAAAAAGUGGUAAAUGUGUUCAUCUGGGAUUCUAUAUGCCAUCUGAAUGGCAUGUACUUUGAGCCCUACAAUACAGUAACUCAUGACCUCGUCACGAGGAAGUGUCACCUGUAUGAACAAAAAAAAAACACAGUCACAGCCUGUUUUUCUUUUACUGGUAAAGAAAUUCAAAAGGUACAUUCAAGGGCACAUCAUUAUAAAUGGUGAUUAUUAGAAACGAGAGUUAAAGUGAACUGGGCACUAAAGUAAAGCAUGCCAGUGCUGGAGCACUAAUAUCCGAUUCUUCGGACUUGAAAGAUGAAUCAUCAUGAAGGUAGACAGAAAGACGUCUCCGUUUGUCCGUAUUGCUAUCUCCGGCCAGUUUCUUGUGAUAUUCAGCAUCUUUCCUCUUCAGCUGGUCACCGCCUUCCCACAAGCUGCCAUAGCAGAGCAGUUCUGUAGAGACCCGGGUGUUCCUGAGCAUGGAAGCAGAACACCAAGUUCUGGCGUGUUCUUUGAGAAUGCCGUGGCCAGAUUCUCUUGUUUAGAAGGAUACAGACUAAAAGGAGUGUCAAAGAUCACCUGUGUUUUAUUUCAUAACGGAUCAAUGGGAUGGAGACCAAGCCUUAAACCAGUGUGCCUUCCUGAAGAAUGUCUUCCUCCAUAUAUUGAGGAUGCUGAUGUUGCUAAUAAGACCUACAGGACAGGGGAUAACCUGAUUGUCAGAUGUCAUGAGGGAUUUCAAAUCCGCUAUCCUGACACAGACGGCAUGGAAUCAGUUUGCCAAGAGGAUGGAACGUGGGACAAUCAGCCCAUCUGUCAAGGCUGUAUGCGUCCUUUGAUUCCUCCUCAUAGUUACAUAAACAUCUCAGAGACACAGUCCUCCAUGCCCAUCGGAACAGUAGUACACUACCAGUGUUUUCCAGGUUAUAAGCUGGAGGGUGCAGAAUUACUGGAAUGCAUGUAUAGCCUCAUAUGGUCGGAUGUGCCACCCCGGUGCCUUGAUGUUGAAGCAUGUCCCUUACCUCCAAUGGUGGAGCAUGGAGAUUACAUAUGCCAUCCACAACCAUGUAACCGCUAUAUCCAUGGGACAGUGGUGGAGUUCUAUUGUGAUCCUGGCUAUUCUCUAAUGAAUGACUACAAAUACAUCACCUGUCAAUAUGGGCAGUGGUUUCCUCAGAUGCACAUCUACUGUGUUCAAGAUGAGACUUCAUGGCCUGGCUUUCAGGAAUCUUUACUGCAUGCAUGGAAACCAGUGGCAUUCACUACCUCAAGUGUGCUGUUAGCCCUGUUUCUGGUCAUCAUAGCAAAGAUGUCUCACUGCAAGUGCAAGAGCAAUCAGAAUUCAAGUGAAGAACGAGAAGAUGCCAGGGGUCCAAACGUCAUAAUAGUGGAUGGAGUUGCCAUACCUCUACCUUCCUACGAGGAGGCAGUGAGCGGUUCAUGCUACCAGCCUCCACAUGUGCUUCCUUCUGCUGGUCCAGAACCCACACAGAACUCAGAAGAGCAGGACCCUCCCUCAUAUCCAGGACCCACAGAAAGUCAGCAUGAUGCUCCAUUGGACAUUGGAGAUGCUGAAACUUGUGACAGCAUCUCAGAGCCAUCAGAGUGUCUACAAGCUAUGCAUCCAUCUUCUUCACAUGAUGUUGGGUUGAGCAACGUAUCUGAGAAGACUAAUGCGAUCACCUCCAUGGAGGAAACUGCUUCCACGAGUCCCAGCAUAGAUAUUGCUGAUGAAAUUCCUCUUGUGGAUGGUGGUGAAGAAGACUUCUGAUACCAUACAGUUUUAGAUUUUCUCACUGCUGUAUUUAGACGUUUCAGCACUGCACAUUGGUUUAACAUAGACCCAUUCAUCUCUCCUACAGCCAGGCUGUUAUUAUAGCCAACAUUAAAUACAUUAGCAAGGCAAUAAUAACAUCAUAUGUUUAGUUCCUUGGGCUUGGGCGAUGGAGGAUAAACUAUGCAUUUGUAGCUAUACCAGUUUGUUUCGGCAUAAAUUUCACAUUGUUGGUCAAAUACAGCAGUUACCAAAGGAGAAAUCACAUUUUAAAAUCAAUUUCUGCUAUUAAUCAGUCAACUGUCUGGCUAGCCUUCACAUGCUACAUAACAGGAGACCAUGAAGUAUACUGCUUUGGGGUAAAUUAAAAAUCUGUAAAUUUUAUUUCAGAGAUGACGGAUGAUACAUUUGAAUUAAAUUAGAUUAUUUAAAAUAUAUUCAAAGAUUUCAUUAAUGUGUUUGCUGCUUACAAGUACAAAAUAUAUAAAAAUUAA